AGGCUGGCAGGGGCGCUGUGCUGGGCGGUAAAAGUGAGGUGGGGGAAGGGGAGAGUCUGCGUGUCUGUGUUUCUUUCCGUAUGUCCUGUCCCGGAAGGGGACCUUAUCACCACCUUCGCAGGCCCUGGACAGCAUAGAUCCUUUGAUCCAUCGGGCAAUCCAUCACUUAUUAGACACUUAUUAGGCGCCUGCUGUGUGCCAGGCUCUAGCUGGAGGCAGCUUCUGGGCUAAAGAAAAAGCUGGGCUGAGCUGGAGAGGAGCCCCUUCCCGGGGCCCAGACAGGAGGACUCCAUUUCCCAGAAUGCCUGUGUCAUGACUUCCCGUUAGCCAUGGCCUUCCCCUGUGGAAGACUCCAUUUCCCAGAAUGCCGAGAUUCGGACAUCACACAAAUCUUGGCCCCUCCCCCUGUGGCACCCCGAGGCAUUCUGGGAAUUUCACCUGGGCCAUCUCAUCUGGGAGGCUCACAGUUGUGGUUUUUGGACCUUUUCUGGGCACACACAGAGGAAGUCUCCCCCCCUCGGCACUGCCACCUCCUGAAGGACCCCAGGGUGGCCCCAGCAGAGAGCCCGAAGCCAGAGGGAAUGGCCGCCAGAACCCCGAGGCCCCCCUCCCAGGGGUCAAUAACCUUCAAGGAUGUGGCUGUGGACUUCACCCAGGAAGAGUGGUACCUGUUGGACCGUUCUCAGAAAGAGCUGUACCUGGGGGUCAUGCUGGAGAAUGUGCAGAAUCUACUCUCUGUGGGGCUUCCAGUUCCUAGAGAAAAUUUUAUCUCCUGUUUUCAGCAAGGGGAAUCGCCAUGGCUGCUAGAGCAAAAAGGCCUAUGGAGCUCCUAUCCAGAGGCAGAGCUUAAUUUUGACGUGAAGGAUAUUACAAAGCUGAGCCUUUUUGUGGAAGGAUAUAACCCCCAAAGAUGCAUGAAUGAGGGUCCCCAUGACUUCAUUUUGAGAGAAAUCUGUGACUCUACUAUCAAGGUAAAUAAAAAUCAACAGAGUGACUGUGAAUUUGAUGAAACUGCAGAGAAAUUCAGCCAAUAUUCUGUUCUAAAUCAGUAUAUGAAAUUGACCUCAGGAAAUGACUGUUGCCAGGAUAGUGAAUAUAGGAAAUGCUUUCCUGAAGAAGUAGUACUUGUUCAGUCACCCGAGAAACUUCCUGAAAUGCCCAUGUAUCAAGGUAACCUAGAGGUAAUGGCCUUUGGCUGGAAUUUAGACAUCAUUAGACAUUCAAAAAGUAAAUGUGUUGAAAUGGUUUCUGUGACUGAUAAAGGUGAGGGACCUUUCAGUCAGAAUUCUGAGUUUGCCACGUGUCAAAUAAUCCCUUCUGGAGAGAAACCUUAUGAAUGUAAACACUGUGGAAAGGCUUUCACACAGAGGGGCAAUCUUGUUAAACAUCAAAGAAUCCAUACUGGAGACAGACCUUAUGAAUGUAAACAGUGUGGAAAGGCUUUCACACAGAAGGGCCAUCUUGCUAUACAUCAGAGAAUCCACACUGGAGAGAAACCAUAUGAAUGUACACAGUGUGGAAAGGCUUUUACAGUGAGGGACAAUCUUGCUAAACAUGAGAGAAUCCACACUGGAGAGAAACCUUAUGAAUGUACACAGUGUGGAAAGGCUUUCACACAGAGGGGCCAUCUUGCUAAACAUCAGAGAAUCCACACUGGAGAGAAACCUCAUGAAUGUAAACGCUGUGGAAAGACUUUUACAUGGAAGGUCUCUCUCGCUAAACAUGAGAGAAUCCACAAUGGCGAGAAACCUUAUGAUUGUAAACACUGUGGAAAGGCUUUCACACAGAGGGGCCAUCUUGAUGCACAUCAGAGCAUCCACUCAGGAGAGAAACCUUAUGACUGUAUACAAUGCGGAAAGGCUUUUACAGUGAGGGAUAAUUUUGUCGCACAUGAGAGAAUCCACACUGGAGAGAAACCUUAUGAAUGUAAACACUGUGGAAAGGCUUUCUCAGAGAGGGACCAUUUUGAUGCACAUCAGAGCAUCCACUCUGGAAAAAAACCAUAUGAAUGUAAACAGUGUGGAAAGGCAUUCUCUCAGAGGAGUCAUCUUGCUAAACAUCAGAGUAUCCACACUGGAGAGAAAUCUUAUGAAUGUAAACAGUGUAGAAAAACUUUUCAAGGUUGCAGCUAUCUUGCUGCACAUCAGAGAAUCCACACUGGAGAGAAAUCUUAUGAAUGUAAACAGUGUGGAAAGACUUUCACACAGAGGGGUUCUCUCACUACACAUCAGAGAAUCCACACUGGAGAGAAGCCUUAUGAAUGUAAAUACUGUGGAAAGGCUUUUACAACAAGGGACAAUCUUGCUCAACAUCAGAGAAUCCACACUGGAGAGAAACCUUAUGAAUGUACACAGUGUGGAAAGGCUUUCACAAAGAAGGACCAUCUUACAACACAUCAGAGAAUCCACACUGGAGAGAAACCUUAUGAAUGUAAACACUGUGGAAAGACUUUCACUCAGAGGAGCCAUCUCACUACGCAUCAGAGAAUCCACAAUGGCGAGAAACCUUAUGUAUGUACACAGUGUGGAAAGGCUUUUACAGUAAGGGACAAUCUUGCUAAACACGAGAGAAUUCACACUGGAGAGAAACCUUAUGCAUGUAAACAGUGUGGAGGGGCUUUUACAGAGAGGAGAUCUCUUGCUGCACAUCAGAGAAUCCACUCAGGAGAGAAACCUUAUGAAUGUAAAUACUGUGGAAAGACUUUUACAUGGAAGGUCUCUCUUGAUAAACAUCAGAGAAUCCACACUGAGAGAACCCUUAUUGUAUCGGAUAAAAACAUGCAUUAUUCUCUAGCAUACAUUAAUUAGUAUUAGUAAUCUCAGAUUGGCAACUUCCUAUAGAAUAUCAGUGAAAGUUAGAUGCCCUUCAGAAGGGAGAUACUAAUUUCUCCUUAUGAAGAGUAGAGAGAUCCCCAGCUUUUCAUAUAUACAUAAAUAUACACCUUCAAUUCACUCUUUUCUAAUAUGGCCAAACCCCCCCUUUUUGUCCUCUUUUAAAAAUUAUUUUUAUUAUGGGUUAAGAGGUUAGAUUCCUAUUUCCAUGGGAAAAGUCUUAGAACUUACAGCUACAAUCUUAAUUCCUUGUCCUAAAUGUUUUCGUCUGAAAGACCUUUGCCAUAUCUAAAUUCUUACUCAACUUAGAAAUUUCAAAUUUAAGGAAUGCUUCCAUGGGUUCAAGAUUGCUGGGAAACUUAAGGGUAGCACAAGAUAAAAUAUAUGCAGACAUUGUAUCAUAAAGAGAUAGUGGGUGCCUAGAAGAGUCGUAUUGUGUUAAUUUACUAUAUAUUCUGAGUUCAUUUGUAUGUCCUUGAAAGUUGCUGUUGUGUCAACCACUCAAAACAGUGCCCUCAUUGUCUCCUGUUCUCUAAUAAAGGCCACACAUUUUCCUGCA